AACCACCUCCUGCUUCCCCGAAAACGUCGGAAACAGCGACUGAAUCGACCGCAAUGGACUCGUGGCCCAUGUCUGUGGACAGCCCGGCCUUGGACCCGCCCUCUGUUCCAAACGGCGGCGAUGAACCGAAGCAUGGCGGGUAUUCGCGAUUCGAGCUGGAGCUGGAGUUUGUUCAGUCGUUGGCGAAUCCUCAGUAUCUCAACUAUCUUGCCUCGCGCAAGUUUCUUACGAACCGUGCCUUCGUUGCGUACCUGGAAUAUCUGCAAUACUGGGCGCGUCCGCCCUACCUCAAGUACCUCACGUUCCCCACCGCGACGCUCAAAAUGCUCGAGCUCCUGCAGCAGGAGAAGUUCCGUCAAGACAUCAUCAGCCCCGACCUUGCGCAGGCCUUGAUGGCCGAGGGAAUGAAGACAGCGGUGGAGUGGCAUCGCGAGGGCUGAGGGACGGAUCAUGCCGUCCCAGGCGGGCGGAAACUUAGAAAAGCCGAGUCAACUUCCAGGCCACGUAUAACCGUGGAUGUUCUCACCAUGCUUGAGAACCGGUGGCCUCACAUUUGCCCAGGCUAUAACAGUGGAGACACAUUAAGCGCCAGCCUGCAAGCAGCGCGUCGCCCUUUUGGGCAAGACGAAGGAAGCAAGGAACUCCCGCAGCAGAAGGCUGGACAAAAGAGCAUGUCUUUGCAGGCCGAAAUAUGAGCCAUAUGCGAUGCUCUUCAUGUCAAGAUAAAAGAAAUAUUACACGAUACCCAAACCC